AUGGCUGCCCUUACAGUUGCCUCCAAGGCCGACGGUGGCUUGGUCCUUCCUACCAUUCUUGCGACAACAUACAUCGCGCAAGGGAGCCCUCAAAACACGGUUCAUAUCGAGUACAAGGAGGUGGACUCUCUUGGCAAAAAGAAUGAGAAAGUCAUUCUUACUACGAGCAAUGGCGACUCCAUUGUUGAUGGCUCUGUGGUACCAUACUUGAUGGAUCAGAUUGAACUUCUGAAAAGACCAGGUCAAAGAGAGGUUGAUGAAUGGGUGAACCGCUCAGCAGCCCUCGCAGUUCCGGAUUUCCAAUCCUUGGACGGACCUAUCAAGGAACUGGAAUCGCACCUCAGCCUGCGCUCUUACAUUGUUAGCUAUUCAUUGACCUUGGCUGAUAUUAUGGUCUGGGGCGCGCUCCGUGGAAACAAGGUGACCGUAAAGCUUCGUCAAAUCUAUAGAAACAUCAAUCGCUGGUUCAACUUCAUCGAAGCCUCCAAUCCUUGGGUUACCGCUGUUGUUGCAGCGCUCAGCAAUGCAGCACGACAGAAAAAGGCCGCAGCAAGUGCCGCAGGAGCAAACUAUAACAUUGGCCUCAAGAACACCGAGAAUGGAAUCGUUACGAGGUUCCCCCCUGAACCAUCGGGGUAUCUUCACAUUGGUCACGCCAAGGCAGCGUUGUUGAACGACUAUUUCGCCCACGAGUACCUCGGCCCUGAUUCGCGAGGCGUUCUUAUCUGCCGCUUUGAUGACACUAAUCCUUCAAAGGAGUCUCAGGAGUUUCAAGAGUCGAUUUUAGAAGAUCUGUCAUUGCUCGGAAUCCAGCCUGAUCGAAUCUCCUAUUCCAGCGACUACUUUCAACAGAUGUAUGAAGGUUGCGUCAAACUCAUUCAGUCCGGCAAGGCGUAUGCAGACAACACGCCGAAGGACAUCAUGAAAGACCAGCGGGGGAACGGAGUCCCUAGUGUGAACCGGGACAUGAGCGUUGAGGACAGCCUUGCCCACUUUGAAAAGAUGAAAGCUGGCACCGGUCUUGAAUGGUGUAUUCGCGCCAAGAUCUCUGUUGAUGACCCGGUGAAAUGUCUUCGUGAUCCAGUCAUCUAUCGUUGCAACCUGCAGCCUCAUCAUCGGACAAGGACAGCUUGGAAGAUCUACCCAACAUAUGACUUCUGUGCUCCGUUCCUUGACUCCUUGGAGGGUGUUACCCACGCGCUCCGGACCAACGAGUAUCGUGAUCGAAAUCCACAAUAUUCCUGGAUCCAGGACGCUCUUGGAAUCCGCACUGUUCAGAUUUGGGAUUUCUCCCGUCUCAAUUUCGUUCGCACGGUGCUUUCGAAGCGAAAACUUACGGUCUUGGUUGACAAUAACGUUGUCUGGGGCUGGGACGACCCUCGAAUGCCCACCGUUCGUGGUAUAAGGCGUCGAGGAAUGACAGUACCCGCACUGCGAGAGUUCAUUUUGAGGCAAGGACCCAGUCAGAAUGUGAUCAAUCUUGACUGGUCGUUGUUCUGGGCUACCAACAAGAAAUAUAUCGACUCAGUCGCGCCUCGACAUACCGCCGUCCCAAAAGAUCAUGCUGUCACUGCAAUCAUUCACGGUGUCGAGAAGACUAGUACUGGCGACAAGCCCAAACACAACAAGAAUGCAGCCUUGGGCACGAAGAAGGUAUUCUUUUCCCGGGAGGUUGUUUUCAGCCAGGAGGAUGCUCGAUCAUUCAAACCGAACGAGGAAAUUACCCUCAUGAACUGGGGCAACGCGAUCGUCACUCGAAUCUCUGCAGACGAAUCUGGAAUAAUUUCUGCAUUGGAACUACAGCUCCACCUUGACGGCGACUUCAAAAAGACCGAGAAGAAGGUGACUUGGCUGGCCAAAGAAGCAUCUAAUAUGAUCCCGGUCCGUCUUUUCGCAUUCGACCACCUGAUCACCAAGGACAAACUUGAGAAAGAAGAUGAUCUCUUUUCGUUUCUGACACCCAAGACCGAAUUCUUGACCGAAGCCUGGGCUGAUUGCAACGUGACGAGCCUUGCAAAAGAUGAUAUCGUUCAAUUCGACCGGGUUGGGUUCUUCCGGGUUGACAGGGCAUACCAGGAUGGCGAGCCUGCGGUGCUGUUCAGCAUCCCGACAGGAAAGGCUGCUUAG